GAAGCCACCGCCUCUGCACCCCUCUCACCAUAACCACUCGACCAAGUUGCCGUGUCCACAGUUCGUCUCCCUGCUCCCCCCCCUGCCCCAAGCCAUGAUGAUGAAGGCUCUGAGAGACCACGAAGACGACGACGACGGCGAUGAGGAGGAUGAGGUGUUCGCCGCCGCAGUCGCCGGGUCCACCGCCGCCGUCGCCGCCGCCGCCUCCGGCCCUGCCGCGGUCCCGGGCCGCUCGACCCCGCGACCCGCCAGCCUCGCCUUCUCCCGGGUCGGGUUCGAGCCCCAGGCCGGGCCCGGCGCCGCCGUGAGGGUACCGGAGUCUCCCCCGGGAUCUCCCGGCCGCGACGGCGAGAAGGAGCCGCUCCUGGCCGCCUCGUCCGCGGGGGACCUGAGGGGACGGGACGGUCAGCUGUGCCCUACAAGUCCCUACCACCACCACUACCUCCACCAGCACCACCACCACCGGCGCGACUCCCCCUCGUCUCCGCACACUGCCGCCGCCCCCGACUCUUUGAACGCGUUCCCGCGUGACCAGCAGUUCUCGGAAGUGGUGUGCAGCGUGGAGCGCGCCAUGGAGGCCGGCGUGGAGCCGCAGAGGAUCUCGCAGGGCUCCAGCGGCAGCUACUUUGUGCGAGAUCUGUCAGGGAAGUCCGUGGGGGUGUUCAAGCCCAAGUCUGAGGAGCCGUAUGGGCAGCUCAACCCCAAGUGGACCAAAUGGUUGCAGAAGCUGUGCUGCCCCUGCUGCUUCGGCCGGGACUGCCUGGUGCUCAACCAGGGCUACCUGUCCGAGGCUGGCGCCAGCCUCGUCGACUCCACGCUCGGCCUCAACAUCGUGCCCAAGACCAAGGUGGUGUGGCUAGCAAGUGAGGCAUUUCACUACGGAGCCAUCGACCGCGCCAAGUCACGUGGCAAGAAGCUUGCGCUGGAACGAGUGCCGGAGAUCGGACGCAGAUUCCACAGAAUCGGCCUUCCGCCUAAGGUAGGCUCUCUGCAGCUGUUCGUGGAGGGCUAUAAAGAUGCCGAGGAUUGGCUGCGACGCUUCGAGGUGGAGCCCCUGCCAGAGAACACCAACAAGCAGCUGCAGCUUGAGUUCGAGAAGCUUGUGUGCCUCGACUAUAUCAUCCGCAACACCGACCGUGGCAAUGACAACUGGCUCAUUAAGUAUGAACCUCGCAAGGAGACGGACAAGGACAAGGAGCAGGCUAUACGGGGGGAUCUUUGUCUUGUACCCGUGUGUGCGGCCACACAGGAGGCUGUGGAGCGGGAGCCGGCCGUGAGAAUCGCGGCGAUUGACAACGGCCUUGCGUUUCCCUUCAAGCACCCGGACUCGUGGCGAGCGUAUCCGUUCUACUGGGCGUGGCUGCCCCAGGCCAAGGUUCCCUUCUCUCAGGACACGUGUGACCUCGUGCUGCCAAAGAUCUCCGACAUGAACUUUGUGCAGGACCUGGUGGAGGAUCUCUACGAGCUGUUCAAGGAAGACAAAGGAUUCGACCGAACAAUUUUUGAGAAGCAGAUGUCGGUGAUGAGAGGACAGAUCCUGAACCUGACGCAGGCUCUGCGCGACGGACGCUCCCCGCUGCAGCUGGUGGGGAUGCCGUGCGUGCUCAUCGAGCGCAGUGCCGGUAGCGCCGGGGGUGGCACGGGGGGCUCGCGCAUCCGCACACUCAGCGACGCCUUCACACAGACCUUCAACAGCCGCAAGCCGUUCUUCUCGUCGUGGUGAUGUGCCGCACGACCGUUAAUGGCGUGACGCCACGGGGAGUGGUGACCUUACGGGGAGUGAUGCCGUGGGAGUGUGAUUCCACGGGGAAUGUGUGAUGCCAUGAGAUGGUGUGGAGCCACGCGGGAGUGUGUGAUGCCAUGGAGUGUGUGAUGCCAUGGGAGGAUGUGACGCCAUGGGGAGUGAUUCCAUGGAAGGGUGUGAUGCCAUAGGGAGUGUUAUUUAACGGGGAACGUAUUUGGGAGAGGGUGACUGGUGGUGGCAUCUGUCCUCCAGCGGUGAGAUGGCUUCGUCUGGGAUCGUUCGGCCAUCACUAGUGGAAUGAUUACAUUAAUUGGCUUCACCUGAAAUGAAUUCAGCGAUCCCAGACCGCAACCAUGAAGCGAAACGGCUUUAAUCUGAGAACGGGGUCGUUCAGCGAUUUACAGGCAAGAUCGUGAAAGUGAUAUCGAAUAAUCCAAAGCAAUCACCGGAGAGAGGUCGUUUGGCAAAGUCACUUUAUCAGUAACCAGUUCGGUCCUGCGAUCACGAGGCAAGGUAGUUUUGGCGAUGUCUUUACCUUAAAUGCAUCUGCCGAGCCAUUACUGGAACAGUCGCAAGGACGGUCAUUUGCUCGUCACUGGAGCACAGUUAAUGUGCAACAUCACGGUCAUUCCACACCAGGUCGCCAUGCGCCGCGGGAAGGAAUGUCGUUGGCGGAGGGAGCUCCUCGUUAAGGCGUGCCCGCCCAGCUGGCAUGCACGGGGGGCGGCCGGUAGCAACUCGGCACUCAGCCGGCACGCGCGCGCUCUGCACGAGCCCUGCAGUUCACCAAUCAGCGCGCGCGCUUAUAAGCGCUUAAAAACGCCAACUCAUUUAUCUUCUCGUUUUUUAUUUGUACAAAUUUCUGAUCAAAAGCGUGUUAUUUUUCGUUAUUAUUGUGGUAUGUUGCCGUAUUAUAUUAGAUGUAGCAGGUCGCCAGAUGUUUUGCUUUUUCUUGUUUUGGCCAUCGGUAAUGUCACUGUGGAGUAGUUAAGUUGAGGUUGGCAUUAAGUCGAGGGACAUGUGCUAAAGGUAGACCAAUGCUAAGCCGAAUUAGGACCAAUUAUACCUGCAAUUAGUCAACUCUCGAUUAUCCUGGGAAAUGAGGGGGGAGAGGGGCGGGCCCGAAUAAAACGACAACAUGGAUAAUGCACCACGUACGUAGUAGAUUAGGCUACAACCCCCUAAUAGACGUUUGCCUUUGUGUAGCGAGGGUGAAGACGCAGAGUGCGUUGUCUAUUGUCAUUGCUUCUCAAAGGAACCGGUUUACUUCCAGACGUGCUCGUGGUCACGCAGGCACCAAGUCACUGGCCCUUCGACGAGUAAGGAGAGGAUAACUGACAGAAGGGGCUCGUACAAAGACAUUCAUUUUGAAGCACGGAUAAUUAAGAGCUGACCACACGUGGUUCACAACGGACCUGAUGUGUGACGCAAGGACCAAUCGUUAUCGCCGUAUGCGGGUCAGGCCAGCAGCAAUUUCCUCCCAGCGACUGGAUGAAUUGUCGCAGUAUUUAGGAUCUUCGAUUCGGGGAAUCGAUUAUUUUAUUUUUCCUCUGUCCGUAACUUUUAGUUUGUUCUGUCCGGAAACAUUUGCCCCCCUCCGUCGCAUUGAUUGAUUUCUUUCCAUCGGUCUAAAAUGCGGCGUAAACCAUUGGGGCGAAAUAACUUUUCAGAGCCCGAUGGGUGGGUCGCGUGUGGUGGUGUAAAUGUGGGAACUCUCGCCUCUUCAAACAUUGUCUGGCCAACGUCACGGAGGAGGCAGCAUACCGGGGGCUCUCCAGAGCUUCUUCAAGUGGAGGCGCUUUCGCCAGCAGUGGUGUGGGCAGGCAAUUUCAGGCCUGCGUUUUGACAUCUUUUACAUUUAUUUAGCCUGGGUGAGGGCCCGUUGAGAGUCGUCGCCAUCCUUAUCAUUAGCCACGAUUAAUAAUAAACUGCUUAGUUGCAGGUGCCCCCCCCCAAUCCUCUGCCAUUUUUCAGUUUUGCGAUGCAACAAUCCGUCUUGCUGCCUUGCCGCAAGUUUGUUUCUUCCCUCCGUCUCCGCGGUGGUGGACGUUAGCGCUUGGGCCUGUUCCCUUCUUUGGCUGCUACUCGGUCAUUAAGACUCGACCCCCGGCCUUCAUUCCUGCCAAUUCCACUUUACUUUUCUGUCACCAUGGCGUCAUUAACUUGCGGUGGGGUGGGCCUUGCCUGGCUUGAAAAACCGCAGCAGGUUGCGACGGCAACCCAGUGGCAUCGGUGAGCGGCGCUGCGCCGUGCUGAUGAAUAUGGGACGGCGAAACCAAUGGCGAAGCCAUGUCGUAUUCUGAAUAAAAUAUUCUUAAAGCCAGUAUACAAGAGCACUGUACCUGAGGUGCAGCUUAGAUUUACACAGACGCCUCUGUAAUUAUUGUUUUUUUUUACCGGCUUGAGUCCUGUGAAAGCAGCCCAGCUGCAACCAACAAUCCUGUGCGAUGCGUGUGACGUGUGUAAGCGCGCGCACACACCGGUGGCUUAGCUGUUGAGUGCGUAGGCAGUGCAACUGCACCGGGGCCCGGGCGCUGGGCUCCGAAGAUGGGGGGUGGAGGGGGGAUUGGACAAAAGUGUGCCAGCGUCAUGGUACAAAAUUAAUCCUGAUUUUUUUAAGUGAUUAGAAAAUUACUUAAUAGGGUAAAACCACAUAGCUGCGUCGCCCCCCCCUACUCUGGCAGACGAAUGCUGACUUAGCAGGUCGGUGCUGUGCACACUACCACGUCGAGACAGCUGCCUAUAGGGGUGGGGGGAGGGGGUCCCCUUGGCUAUAUUGCAGCAAGGCGUUGGAAUGUUUGAGAUGAGCUGUGAUGCAAGACACUAAGUUGCUGUGAAGCGGUGUGCCACUAAACACACAAAACACGUGCCCUUGCACCAGGGUCCAUGCCCUUGCACCAGGGUCCUUGCCAACAACAUGGCACCACUGGAUGUUAUUACUCUGGUGGUGGAAGUACUUGUUGGGGUGGGGUGACUUUAAUAUCGACGGGAAGAGGAGAGGGUGACUCAGGUCUCUUUGGGAUUGCCGUAUACGUUUACGUGGGUGGGGAGCGGUAGUGUUGCGGUGAGCUCACUGCGCUACGAAUCCAGCGACCCGGGUUCGAUUCUCGCUCACGGCUGGUCAUGGGCCUCCCCUAGGUCGACUCAGCCUCAAAUGAGUACCUCUUGCGGUGUGUAAAAACAUCGCCACUGGGAAGACAAAGGAUCUUUAUCUUUGGGGGGGGGGUGGGGAAGUCGCCGUUCACAUAACGAUGCCAAAGUUUGUCACGACUAGUGCCUGCCGUUUCCAGCCGAGAGUCUGGGUGAGAAAAACCGGGACGAGAGGAGUUUUUGGGUUUCAAGUCCCACCCCGUGGUGAAACUUCACUGACGGCUGUGGGUUGGGUGGACGGGAACAAUUGAUGCCUUGGACCCCGUCAGUCACUCAUUGCUGUGUUUCCUUUGAAGUUCGGGCUCAUUUUCUCGCUGGAUUGGUCGCUGGUAAAUUGGAGCAUUGUGCACACGAAUAGUAGUAGUAGCCAUAGCGAGAGGCUUUGAUCGAUGUGGUGUUCCAUGUGCAAAUAUAUAAUUUGGGGCAGACCCAGCUGAAAUUAAGCCCUGCGUUGUCGUAAGCAAACUGACGUGCACAUGUUACGUUUUUUUAGGAAAGUUUAACCCAGUUACGUAAUCGUCGGCAGGAACCCGUUUCUACACAAAUGAGAGCCAACCAACGUUUCUCAAUCAGCCGCGGGGGGCGUCUUGAAGAGAUUCGCACGGCUGCAAAUUGUAUGCAGAUAACGCAUGGGUUCCAAUUGUGCUUGUGACAGUCUCUUUAGUUCACCAUUGGUCGAGCCCCGUCCACUGCUGGAUGAACGCCUAAAGCUUUCACCAUUUCUCAUGCUCCCGCGAUGGAAUUAUUUAUCGAGCUCCGAGCGAGCCGGUUUCAUCCGCGGCGAACGAACUCGAGAGGAACGGACCGCUUCCCAUAUUUUGGCUGCCACUCCGUCCUUAGUCUCGACCGCCGGCCCUGCACUGAGGACACCGAUUUAAUUGCAAGGUUACAUCUAUCGGCUAAACUACUUGCGGUGGGAACAAAGCCAGUGACUGCACAAAGCAAAGGGCAUCAUUGUAGAGCAAAUUUAAGUUCUUAACUUAAUUCGGCCCGAAUGAACGGUGGGCGUUAUUAAUUCACAUUCGAGGACUGUCACGUGGUGAGAAGUGCCACUCAAAGGCGAGGCUCACCGCCCUUGUCGACCCUGGUUCGCACCCCGUAUAGGGUUGUGGGCUAUGAAUCUUAAGACCCCCCCCCCCCCCACCCACAAGGGUCAUAUGUUCCAUGUGUGUCAGUGUGCGGGCACAUGCGUGUGAAUCUGCACAGGUGCAUAUUGGGGCGUGCACGAAUGUUUACACGAGAGUGUGGUGGAGUGAUUGUUCAGAUGUCAAAAAUAUUAAUAUUUGCCAUGAGAUGACUUGUGGGUUCCUAUUUGCCAAUGAAAUAAAGGCGCAUUGAAAUAA